UUUCAUCAUUUCAUCCACAUCAUAACUCUUAUCACCCUAUAUAUAAAAAUAAUAUUUGUGUAUCAUGGCUGCUGAACUUGGGAUUCUGUCUUCGACUCAACUCCAAAAACUGGCUCAAUCCCAAGAACAACAUAGCCAACAACAAUUGUCAUCACUCCAACCACCAUUCAAUCCUGACUCUGUCACUGACUGUUGGAUGUGGAACGCUAAGCAAGCAACUCAGGAUGACGAUGAUUCGUGGGAAGUUAGAGCAUUUGAGGAAGACACGGGCAAUGCCAUGGGCACCACUUGGCCACCAAGGUCCUAUACUUGCACCUUUUGUAGGAGAGAGUUCCGGUCAGCUCAAGCCCUAGGUGGACACAUGAAUGUUCAUCGUCGCGACCGUGCUAGGCUCCACCAAGCUCCACCACAAUAUGCUUCAAAUAGCAUCCACAACCACAAUCACAAUCACAUUUCUUCACAAAAUUCUAAUUCCACUUUCCUAGUUCCAACUCAAGAAUUUGUAACAAAUGGUGGACUUUGUCUUUUAUACUCCUUGCCUAACCCUAGUAACACUCAUAUCUUCAAUAACCCCACAUCAAGAAAAUCUUGUACUAUGAAUAACAAUUCAUCAUCUUCUAGUACUCUUAAUCUCUCAAUCUCACCAUAUCCAACAAAUAACAAUUUGAUGUCUCCAACUACUCCAUACCCUACUCCUACAUCUCUAAACUUCCCAAUAAAUAAGCCUAAUCCAAGAAUUUGUAACACUAGUAAUGAUGAUGAUAAUAAUAAUAACAACCAUGAUUAUGGUAGCAACAAGAGGGAUUCACUCAUUGAAGAUGAACUUGAUCUCGAGCUUCGACUAGGAUGGAGAUCAUCAUCCUCAACAACAACAACAACAACAACAACAUCUUCACCAUAAACACACAAGUCGAAUAUCGAUCAUAUACAUGUUGUGGUUAAUUAAUUAAUUUCCCUAGACUCAAAUUUCCUUUUCUUAUAUAUGGAUUGAUUAAUUUGUUUUUGUGUGAA